AUGAUCUCCAAAACCCUGCCUGAUGUCGACCACUCUAUCCCAGUAGCACCGACGAGAGAGAAGCUCGAGUACGCCGACCUCGAUACAUUAGACUUUUCGCGCUAUGAUGAUGGUCCUGAGGCGCGCAAGGAGCUCACCGCCCAGGCGCAUCAGGCCAUGACGACCCAUGGCUUUUUCGUCGUGGUCAACUAUGGCCUGACCGAAGACCAAAUCACGCGCCAGGUCGAUAUCGGACACACUAUCCUGAAGCGCACCUCUCAGGAAGAGAAAGAUCGCCUCAAGGCUGAUAUCCUGGGCAAGGGGGAAUACCCAGGGUUCAAGCCUCGGGGCCACUGGAAAGCAGGCGGAAAGCCAGAUAGAAUCGAGAACUUCAAUGUCAACCGGAACAUGAGUCUGCACGAACAACCAGCAGCCCCAAGUUGGAGCCGUACCGUGAGGAAAUCCAAGACGUGGUCGACUUGA